GCCCUUUCGGGGAGGAUCCGUUUCCGGCCGAGCCUGCCGGAGGGGCGGCGUCCUCCUCCGGGUGGGAUCCGGGCGGCGGGGUCCGCGGAGGAGGCGGCUGUCCGGGAUCGCUUUCUCCUUCCUUCGGCCCUCCCACGAAACCCGUGGAUGCUUCUCCCUUAAGAGCACCGAAAGUGCUUUCCCUCCACUACCUCCCCAAAAAAGACAGCUCGGCUUCGUUUUCCCUCAUCCAAGAACCUUCCAUUGAACUGAAGAGCCGAGGAAGCUUCUUGGAGGAGGAGAAGGGAAACGUCUUCGAGGAAAAACACAGCCCAGUUGCCUUUUGGAGAAAGAAAAAAAAAGAAAGAGAAAAAGGAAGGGAGGGAGAGAGAGAGAGGAAAGAAAGAAAGAAAAAGAAAGAAGGGAGGGAGAGAGAAAAGAAAGAAAGAAAAAGGAAGGAAGAAAGAAGGGAGAGAAAGAAAGAAAGAAAGGAAGGAAGAAAGAAAGAAGCACCUUUGGAAAAACAUAACCUGGAAGACUGAGAAUCUCCAUAGAGACAUCCCGUUAUAGGAGGCUUCCCAACCCAGGAGGCCUGUGGGCGAUCCAGGCUGCUCUUUACCGGGACUUUUCUUGGCUCCGAAAGUGCCCUGUUUAUUUUUAUGGCAUCUGGGCAUUUGUUUUCUCCGAUGCCGCCCUUUGUUGCCAGGCGACGCCUGCGAUCCUCUUGCCUUAAGGGAAGCUUCAGCACAGCUGCUUCUUGGAAAGGGACUCAUAGGAUCUCCAGGCAGCUCCUAGCAUGCCCAGAAGGUGUAAAAACUGCAACUGAUAACUACCUAGAAUUCCAGCCAUUUUAGCAAUGGAUUGCCUAUUUAUUCUGAAUUGUCCUCUGAAUCUCUUCUACCUCACGAAAUUGACCACACAUCUCCAUCUUGGGUGUAUCAUAUUGUCGUGCGUUCUUUCCGUGCAUUUUUACUGCUGCUGUCCAUGUAUCUUAUGCCAUACGCUAAAUAAAAUAAAUAUCUGAACUGGCUGAUUGGAUUUGGCUAGUCUAGUGAAAAGAAAGGACUAGGGGUGGCAUGGUAGCAGUGUUCCAAUUAUUGGAGGGGUUGCCACAAAAAGAAGGGGUCAGCCUAUUCUCCAAAGCACCUGAAGGCAGGACAAGAAGCAAUGGAUGGGAAUUAAUCAAGGAGAAUUAAAGAGAGAUUUCCUGAAAGUUAGAACAAUUAAUCAGUGGAAUGACUUGCCUCCAGAAGUUGUGAGUCCUCCAAAACUGGAGGUGUUUAAAAAGAGAUUAGACAGCUACUUGUCUGGAAUAGUGUAGGGUCUCCUGUUUGAGCAGAGGGGUGGACUAGAAGACCUCCAAGGUUCCUUCCAAGUCUAUUAUUUCUUUGGUUAACAUACAGAUAUCACAAUAAGACAUAAUAUUCUAGCUAAUAUCAAACAAGAUAGAUAAGCAUACCUAAUCUAAGAGGGGAGAUUUUCCCCUGUGACUUGCUUUGAGCUUAAAAUAUGGGGGGGAGGGGGGGUUUCUACAUCAAGCACAAUUUUUGGUGUGAUGCGGAGGACAUGUUGCACCCUCUGGUUUCCUGUGUUGUGUAGCCUUGGCAUUCAGCCUCGCCGUAAUCAAGGAGCAAACCACCUCCUUAGCAGCACUAUUUCCAUCCUCCCCUGGGGGUGGGAGUCGUAUUCAGAGAAAAACAGCACAGAAUUACCUCCUCCCUGGCAUUUCAGUUUGCCACACAAUACUGUACAAGCUGGUUUUCAGGAUGGGGCAUUCUCACCCGAAACCCCGCCGAUUCUCUUCCCCAUCUGCAUCUUGAAUUGCGGUACUCCGGAAAAAGAUUCAGCCACUUAAUUGCGCUGAGGUUUCCGCAGCCAUCCAGAUGGCAUCCGUGACAACACUCGUCAAGACAACCGGCAAGGAUAUCAGUCUUUUGAGCAUUUCAAUAUUAAACAGGAGAACGAAUUGGGUUACGAGCGGGGGCCUGUAAACCAAGAUCGAUCAGAAAUGAAGACAGAGAUAAAGGAAGAGGAGGCCACUCCCAGCCACAACAUAUCGGCAUCUGGUUACAACGCACCCCCCUCUAACUACAGUUCUUCCGUUUCUGGCUACAAUGCCUCAGCUUCCUCUUACAAUGCGCCCUCUUCCGGGUAUAACACCUCAGACUCAUAUCAGUCUUGGCAGCAGCAGCAGCAGCAGCAGCCGCCACAGCAAGGGCAUAAGAGGACAUUUGAAGAGUCCAGGGGACGCGGAUAUUAUGAAUAUCGUGAGGAUAAAAGGGGUCGAUCUCCUCAGCCGCCUGCAGAAGAUGAUGAGGACGAUUUUGAUGACUCCCUGGUGGCCAUCGAUACAUAUAAUUGUGAUCUCCAUUUCAAAGUUGCCCGCGAUCGAUAUAGCGGAUACCCUCUGACCAUCGAAGGAUUUGCUUUCCUCUGGUCAGGCGCACGAGCGACGUAUGGGGUGCGGCGUGGAAGGGUGUGCUAUGAGAUGAAGAUCAACGAAGAGAUCUCCGUCAAACACCUUCCUCCCACCGAACCAGAUCCUCACGUAGUGCGUAUUGGCUGGUCACUGGAUUCAUGUAGCACUCAGUUAGGUGAAGAGGCUUUCUCCUAUGGCUACGGAGGCACCGGGAAGAAAUCCACUAGUAGCAAGUUUGAAAAUUAUGGUGAGACCUUUUCCGAGAACGACGUCAUCACUUGUCUCGUGGACUUCGAGUGCGGCGACGACGUUGAAAUGUCCUUCAUGAAGAACGGGAAGUGGCUAGGGAUGGCCUAUCGACUACGGAAGGAGAAUUUGGGAGGGCAGGCCCUGUUCCCUCAUGUCCUGGCGAAGAACUGUGCCAUCGAGUUCAACUUCGGCCAAAGGGAAGACACCUUCUUUCCGGCUCCACCGGGAUUCACCUUCAUUCAGCACCUCCCCCUGUCCGAGCGAGUUCGGGGCACAAUUGGACCAAAGAACAAAAGGGAUUGUGAAAUCUUGAUGAUGGUGGGGUUGCCUGCUGCUGGGAAGACGACGUGGGCCAUUAAGCAUGCCGCAGCCAAUCCAGCCAAGAAGUAUAAUAUUUUGGGAACAAACGCCAUUAUGGACAAAAUGAGGGUAAUGGGACUCCGACGGCAGCGCAAUUACGCUGGCCGCUGGGACGUUCUCAUCCAGCAAGCGACACAGUGCCUGAACCGCCUAAUCCAGAUUGCAGCCCGGAAGAAGCGGAAUUAUAUCCUGGAUCAGACAAAUGUUUAUGGAUCAGCUCAGAGACGAAAAAUGCGACCUUUUGAAGGUUUUCAACGCAAAGCCAUUGUAAUUUGUCCCACGGACGAUGAUUUAAAAGAUCGGACAAUAAAGCGCACGGAUGAAGAGGGGAAGGACGUGCCCGAUCACGCAGUGUUAGAAAUGAAAGCCAACUUUGCCCUGCCGGAAUCCGGCGAUUUUCUCGACUCGGUGGUUUACAUUGAGUUGCAGCGGGAGGAGGCGGAGAAGCUGGUGAGGCAGUACAACGACGAAGGCAAGAAAGCCGGCCCGCCCCCCGAAAAGCGGUUCGACAGCUGGGGCGGCGGAGGGGGCGGCGGCGGUUUCCGUGGCCGAGGAGGCGGCGGAGGGUUUCAGCGCUUUGACAAUCGAGGCCCGCCAGUGGGCAAUCGGGGCAGCUACCAGAACAGAGGAGGAGGAGGAAGUGGCGGCGGAGGAGGAGGAGGCAGCGGCGGCGGCGGCGGCGGCUACAGAGGCAGUGGUGGAGGUGGCGGAGGAAUUGGAGUUGGCGGCAGCAGUGGAAGUGGAAGUGGAGGCUUCAACCGAGGCAGCUACAACCAAAACCGUUGGGGGAGCGGAAACCGAGACAACAAUAACAACAGCCGAGGCAGCUACAACCAGAACAACCAACAGCAGAGCAGCUACAGCCCGGCACGUGACCAGAAUCCUUACAAGAGCAGUAGCAUGGCUCCUGCUCCUGCUCCUGCUCCUCCUCCGCCGGCCCUGGGCCCUGCCACCAACCCCCCUCCGGUGUCGUACAGUCAGGGACCACAGCAAAGCUACAGCCAGCCCUACAGCCCCCCUGCCAGCUACAGCCAAGGGGGCUACACUGCUCCCAGCUACAACUACGGAAGUUACGGCAGUUACAGCCAAAGUUACACCCAACCUCCGCCGCCACCACCAGCCCCGACCCCACCAGCCUACAGUCAGCCCAACUACAACCAGUACCAACAGUACACCCAACAAUGGAAUCAAUACUAUCAAAACCAGAGUCAGUGGCCUCAGUACUACGGCAACUACGACUACGGGAGCUACACGGGCACCUCGCAGGGAGGCUCAAGCACACAGUGAUCGCUCGGGAGGGUGUUGUUCCCCCCCCCCAGGGAAAAGGAACAGCACGUUCUUAACAGUGACGGGCAUUUCUGAAUCUUGAGAGAGAUCCAGAAGAGG